UAGAAAACUAUUUUCAUGUAUUGCGUUUACCAUGUCCAGGGAGCGUACACAGGGGUUUGUUCACAGCAGCAUGUGCCUAGUUACAAAAAUAUAAUUGAUAAGUUCAAGGCUAAAGGGAUUGAUUCUGUCAUUUGUGUGGCUGUUAACGAUCCAUAUACUAUGAAUGCUUGGGCAGAGAAACUUCAAGCUAAAGAUGCUAUUGAAUUUUACGGAGACUUUGAUGGGAGCCUUCACAAGAGCUUGGAAUUAAAUAAAGAUCUCUCUGUUGCUUUGCUAGGGCAUCGCUCUGAAAGAUGGUCUGCUUAUGUGGAAGAUGGAAAGGUGAAGGUUCUAAAUGUAGAGGAAGCUCCAUCCGACUUCAAGGUUUCCGGCGGCGAAGUCAUACUGGGUCAAAUCUAAUUUUUCUUUGGUUAUGUUUAUAAUUCACCGGAGCUUUUAUGCCAAGCCUGCCAAUCUAUCAUUUUUGGGUUGAACCUUGGAUACCAUUGGUAAAAUAAUCCAGGUUGUUGCUAUGUAUCAUAUGUUUGAUUCCAGAGUACUCUUGGCUGUUUUGUCUGUGGUGUUGUACUAGAAUUUUUCGUUGGAGGGAAUAAGUUGCGUUUACCCACUUC